AUGCCGUUCCCGAACAAGAAAAUCCAACGAGGAGACAAACUAUCAGAAUCAAUUAGAUCCUUUUCAACAAUUACGGAUACUGAAAUAAUAAUAGGUAUCUGCCGUAAAAAUAUUCCAGGUUGGAAAGAUAUUAAUGAGACAUGUAUCGAAGUUAAACAGAUCUUUUCAGGGCUCACAAACCAGCUUUUUGUUGUAAGUAUUGUAAAUGAAUGUCUAAGUUUUUCUUUAAAACAUCCAAGAAUUCUGUUUAGAAUUUAUGGUAAGCAUGUAGGAAAAUUCUAUGAUUCCAAAGUGGAGCUAGAUGUCUUCAGGUACCUGAGUGAUAUUAAUAUCGCUCCAAACAUUAUCGCCGAUUUCCCAGAAGGGCGAAUAGAAGAGUUCAUUGAUGGUGAACCUUUGACCACAAGCCAAUUACAGCUAACUCAUAUAUGCGUUGAGGUGGCAAAGAACAUGGGAUCUUUGCAUAUUAUCAAUUCAAAGAGAGCAGACUUCCCUUCAAGGUUUGACAAGGAGCCGAUUCUGUUCAAAAGAAUAUAUCUUUGGAGAGAAGAAGCAAAAAUCCAAAUGUCCGGGAACAACUUUCAGAUUGAUAAGGAAUUGUAUUCCAAAAUAUUGGAAGAGAUCGACCAAUUGGAAGAAUUAAUUAUGGGUGGGGAAAGAUUCAGUAUGGAAAGAGCUUUAGAACUCGAAUCUUAUUCCCCUGCGUUUUCCUUGGUAUUUGCUCAUAACGAUCUCCAAGAAAACAACCUUUUGCAAACACAAAAUAAUAUCAGAAUGAUUGAUUAUGAGUAUUCAGCAAUUAACUUCGCAGGAGCUGAUAUUGCAAAUUAUUUCUGUGAAUAUAUAUACGAUUAUUGCAGCGACAAGGCCCCGUAUUUCAAGUUUAAUUAUGAAGAUUACCCAUGCGAGGAACUUCGAAAACUAUUUGUUUCUGUAUACUUGUCUCAGACACUACAAAAACAAAUCCUACCGAGUCAUAAUAUUGUUCAUAUUAUGACUAAAACUGUUGAAAUAUUUACCCUAAUCUCGCAUAUUACAUGGGGAUUAUGGUCUAUUGCGAGAACUCCUGGGUACCAGCCAAACUCUGUUGAAUUUGACUUUACCGAAUAUGCAAGUACUCGAUUUAUUCACUAUUUACGAAAAAAGAAAGAACUUAUUGAUCAGGGAAUAUUACCACUUAGCAGUUGGAUACUUAAUUCAUAG